UUGCUAGACUUCUCUAUGUAGCCACACACUAUGGUAUAUAUGCGACGUUCAAAUUAAAUAAAUAAAUACUUCAUAGUCCAAGAAUUUAGUAGCUUCACCGGAGACUAAAUUACCGUUAAUGUAUUUGAAAAAUGUUGUUGAAGAUAGUUCGGUUAUACAUUUCUCAUUGCCGCCAAAAUGCUUUCUUUAUCACUGGUUUUUUAUUUAGCUUGUUUGUUAGUGGCCUUAUAACCAUGUCAUUUCAAAAUCAAUGCGUUUCUUCUGACUUGCAGAUUUCUAUAGAACCAGACGUAUCAGUGUUUUUAAGUACAACUUUAGAAAAAGAUGACUACGAGCCUAGAAUUAAUUUAGCAGGGAAGCCUCAAAAGGCACAGAAAACUCCUCAAGUGCUAAUUCGACCUCGUUAUUACUCCACAGAGCUCGGUAUUAAGGAAAAAUUGUUUGUGGGUGUUUUAAGUUCAUACAGAUCAGUGACCAGAUUAGGAAUGGCAAUGAACAAAACCAUUUCACAUUAUGUAAACAAAAUUUUGUUCUUCAUUGAAUCACCAGGCCAUGAAAAGCUUAAUAUUUCAAUGCCAGGGGUAGUUGUUUUCACAGACACACGUAGAAUUCUUGAACCUUUUCACAUGCUGAAGUACAUAGCGGAUAAUUAUCAUGAUGAAUAUGACUUUUAUUUCUUCGUUAAAGAUACAACCUAUGUCAAAGCUGGAGCUUUGCUCAGUUAUGUCAAUAAUAUAAGUGUGAGUGAAGAUGUCCAUACUGGAGGUGGAGAUAGUACAAAUUCUGUUUAUUGUUCAUUGGAUGCAGGAAUAUUGCUCAGCAAUUCAGUUAUGAGGCAAACAGCCUCAAACUUAGAUUGGUGUGUGAAAAAUGUUUUAUCUGAGUCUGACAAUAAUUUUGGUAAAUGUGUGCUUCAUGCGACAAGCUUACCAUGCAGAAAUGAAAUUCAAGGACAGACUUUCAGCAGUUAUAUAUUACCAAGGAAUUACUUAACUACUUAUAAUAACUUAACUCACAGGAUGAAGGUUUUUGAAUCUGCAAUUACUUUGUAUCCUGUGUUACAUGUUAAAACAUUUUAUGAGUUUGACAGGAUCUUUUCAAAGGUGUCACUCGCUGGUGUGAAACAUAAUAUUGCUGAGCUACGUUCUUCCAUAAUCACCAUGUCUUCAUUGGCUCCUGGUGGCCAGGAAUCAGUUACAUGGCCAAUAGGUAAUCAGCCUAGCAGUGUACCCAUUACAAGAUUUGAUGUUUUGCAUUGGGAGUAUUUUGAUGAAAACAACAUCUAUCUGCAGUCAGAUUUCAAUAACAAGGAGAAACUACAAGGUGCUACAAAAUUAGAUAUUGUGGUCAUCUUAAAUGCUACAAUUUCCUAUGUGAAACAAAUUUAUGAAGGCAGAUUCCAGUUUAAGAAAUUUUUGCGAGGUUAUCGACGUUUUGAUCCAGCUCGUGGACUGGAUUAUAUUAUGGAUUUGGUCUGGAUUGAUACAUUGAAUGCCGAAGUAACUCACAAAAGAAUUGAAGUUUGCAAGCCAUUAGGGAAAACUGAGCUUGUGCCUAUGCCUUAUAUAAUGGAGAAUACACGAGUCAAUAUGAUUCUUCCUGUCACUGCUGGUGAUCGUCAGUUAACAAAAAAAUUUAUGGAACACUAUACCAGUGUGUGUAUGGAGAAGCACGACAAAACGUUUCUUAUGUUGGUUCUUUUGUACGAUCCUAUUGAUCCUCACAAAGGAGCUAAGGAUGAUGUCUUUCUAGAUAUCAAGCAGCUAGCUUUAUCACUUAGCAACAGGUACAAAAGAGAUGGAAGUAGAAUAGCAUGGAUCUCAAUCAGUAUACCAAGUUCCCAGAAAGAUAAUACAGUACUGCUCGAGUUUGCUGUUGCUGAUUUGGUGGUUAAAAAAUUUUCUCAAGAUUCUUUAAUAUUAAUGUGCGAGCCAAACAUGGACAUCCGGCAAGAUUAUCUGAACAGGGUGCGCAUGAAUACAAUUCUCCAGAGACAAGUUUUUAGUCCAAUACCGUUCACAGAAUUUAAUCCUGAUGUAACAUAUACUUUUAUCCCUUCAAGAAGCAGAGAGUCCGAUAUAAAUAAAAAUUAUGGACAUUAUGAUGUACAUGCAACACGCCAUAUUUCAUUUUACAUUAAGGACUAUGUCACAAGUCGCAAACUCAGUGAAUCAAUAAUACCAAUUAUCCGUACUGACAGAGAUAUUUCAACUACCUUUUUAAGAUACCAGAAUGCUUACAGAAAUGCUUCAAACAAUUUCAUUAGUAGUAUAUAUAGCAUGUUUAUUUCUUACAGUAAUGUGCAUAUUUUAAGGUCUGUUGAGCCUAGUUUGCGACUUAGGUACGUAGAUAAGAGCUGUUCAGGACUUGUACUUGCAAGGAAUGUUGUCUAUGAUAAAUGUAGGCAAACUAAAGAACUGAGUCUUGGUACUAGAAGUCAACUUGCCAAAGUAAUACUAGAUUAUCAAUCUUUAGCUGUAUCAAAAAUGAAUGCCUAAGAAUAUUGAGAUAAUUGUUUAUAGAUACAUGUUUGUUUAUUUCUUGAUUAAAAAAAAAAUUCUAGUUUUGUGUACUUCUCACAGAUGACAUUGAUUUUUUUUAUAAUGCCACCAUUAUCUAUAUAAUUGUUUUUUAAAAUGUAUGUCUAUGAAUUUUAGUAUUCAAAACUGCAUUUAUACUAAACAGUAUGAAAUUGUGUGUAAUUCUUGAUUGUCUUCAUUUCACAUUUCCUUAAUUAUUGCUUCAUGCUUAACUAUACGUUUAGUUUUUUCCCUUGAUAAUUGACACAUUGAGCAGGCAAAGCUUUACAGCAGCGCUUAGCGCAAUGUGUCAUUCAACUGUUCUACUGCAGAGCAAUGCUACUGUGUACUUUCUGCUUCUCUGCUUCAAGCAGACUAAACACUUUAACCAAGGUAGCUUCAGAUAGAAACAAAUAGUAUGCUACUUAGUAAAUACUGAUAAUUACCUAAGAGGUGAGAAAUUCUGCUAUUAAAUGAAGUAUUUCCACGUUUAUUUUAUUCUUAUGUCUUUGAACUAUUUUUUUUAGUUGUAUGAAGAAAUUUAAAAUAAAUGUGUUUUCAAGCAUAAAUUGUGGAACAUUAUCUGUAUUAUAAACACAUCAUGUAAUUUUCAAAACAAAAUUCAAACAUUAAAAAUUAAUGCAAAAGGAAAUAAACAUUGUAUUUAAAAAAAUUUAUUUUGCUAUCAGCUGUUGAUUUAGUACAAUGUAUAAAACUGCCUGCAGCUGUAAUGCGCAGUGCUGUGGCAUUACAUUAUCCACUAAAUGCUCUUAGUCAUAGAUAAAAUAAUAUAUGUGUGUAUUCUGUCUAUCUUUAACAGUUUUUUUUGUUUAUUAUAUUGAGACUUAUAUCCUUGACAGUCCUUAGUGAUGGUCUCUUUAACAUCUUUACCUAUUAUAAGCCUAAACCGUGAACAAAAUCUCAGCUUUUAGGGUGGAAUUAAUAUUCUUCUCUUGAGACACAACUUAAGAUGAUCUUUUUGUAAUGUAUCUUAUUUCUCAAUAAACUGAAUUUUUUAACUGUA